AUAAGUAGAUUAUGACAGUGAUAUAUAUUAUAUUCGAGAUUAUUAAAAAGUGUACAACUAAAAUUAACAUAAUUUUGCGACUUUUUCCGCAAUUAUAAUUAUAUUUUAUUCUCACCAGGAAGUGUCGUUUCACUAUUACACCAAGGAUAUAAAUUUGUUACAUCACGCGGUAAGUGUUAUUCAAUUGGAAGAUCAUUCCUGUUACAUUCUAUCGGAUGUCACGGGAGGGAACUGGAUUGUCUCGCAGCGGCAGUGGCAGUGUGCCACGCGAUUACGGAGCGACAAGUAGCAGUGCAGUUACCAAUAUGCCAACCACAGCGGACGCCAGUAACUUCGGGGGGUUUAGCCCUACUGAGUUCAUUUCGCUCAGUGAAUCCAUUGCGGCAAAUACGAUCUUUGUGAAGCAAAGUUGGCAGUUUCUGGAGAAAGCUAACAGGACCGUUGGUACACAGAAGGAUAACCAAACGCUACGGGAUAAAGUUCACGAUAUUCAAACUGGAACGAAUCUAAGGAUAUCAACCACCAGCAAAGAUUUACAGCGACUGACACUAGUCGUACGCAGAGGAGACAAGCAACAGAAGCUGCAGGUCGAGAAGUUGACUUCAGAUUUCACUCAUGUGGUGCAAAUGUACUACAAAAGUCAGCAAGUCAUUGCCGCAAAGAUGAAACAAGUUUUGCUGGUUAAUGCUUCACAGCAGGAUGAUAUGAAUGCAUCCGGCUUUGCCGAUGGCCAGGAUCAACUUCUUCAGCGACAGCAGCAACAAGUACAGCAAAGCCUCCAAUUCGAGCAAGACAUGAUGUUGGAGCGAGAGACGCGAUUCCGUCAGAUAGAAGCGGAUGUGCUCGACGUUAAUAAGAUCAUGAGAGAAUUGAGCAGUCUCACUAAUAUGCAGCGGGAAAUUGUCGACACCAUCGAGAAUACUAUUGAACAUACGGUAAUGAAUGUUGAUUCUGGCACAACAGAGCUAGCUAAAGCAGCCGAAUAUCAAAAUAAAUAUCGUCGUAAAGUCAUCUAUCUCCUAAUACUGGCUGUGAUACUGGGAUUGGUUGUUACGGGCAUAAUUGUUUCCAGGCUCAAAAGUUAAGCCUCGUACGAUUUCUAAAAAUAAUGAUUGGUCUACUGUUUUAUAUUAUGUCAAUAACCCCAGUACUUGUUUCUGUUUAUAUCAACGUGCAGUAUGUAUAAAAGUUAUUUUAUAAAUUUUGUAAGCCUCGAAUUUAACCAACUUAGAAUAAGAAUUAUAUCCAACCAGAAAUCAAAUUUAAUUUCCCAAAACGCAAAAAAUACAAAUAGAAUCCAACGUAGACACUAGAUCUUGAUCAUUUUCUUUCUAAAGCCAUUAGGUUUGUUGAUAUGCUCUAAGCAGAUGUUUCUGCUACUUAAAAAACACUUAUUUUUGGAUCGAAGUCUUUUCAGACGUGCCAAAAAA